CCAGCAAUUUCUACUUCUAUGCUUUCUUUUAAUUAGAUUCGGCACGAAUUAUUAUUAAUAGCAACAGGGGUGCGGGUGAUUGAUAGGGCUUAGUCCUAGAUCUUGGUAUUGUCUAAAUAAAGAAGCUGUUGGCUUCAUAUGGAAUGUUUAUAUCGUCUGCAUCAUGUUCCCGGCCAUGCCAUCGUGGAACUAUCCAGUCUCCAAUCUCUUCGGGCUCACACUAAUCCAAGCAAUGUGGAUGCACCUCGCAACCUCGCAAGAUGACAAAGAGUGUUAGUUGGAGACCGCACCCGCUAUAUAAAAUUGGGACCGAACCCCUACUUGCGCUCUCCCCAGACUUCUGGUUGCUAUCCCAUCGGCUUGGGGCCUAUUUGGCAUCAUGCGAUCAAGAAAGUCUUUAGGUUUUGUUCUCGUUGUCCUCAACGGCGUGGCAGCCAUUUCAAACAACGAUGCCGAUGCUAUGUUCAAUGAUUGGAAUAAUGCAUUCCUCUCCGGAUCUCAGUAUCGGAGGUCUAUUAAUGACCCAGCACCUGACACGACCUGGUCUGCGUCCUUAGACAUACUUGUUGCUGAAGACGCCUUCGACCGAACGGGUGAUUCUGCAAGGAUGACUCUUGUCAACAAUCUUUUGAAUUCGUGGCUUGCAGCAACGCCACCGCCAUGGAGCUGGGACGGGUGGAAUGACGAUAUCGGCUGGUUUACACUUGCCCUCGCGCGGGGAUAUCAAAUUACCGGAACCCAAAACUUCCUGACCCAAGCCGAGUAUGGCUUCAACUAUGCUUUUGGUCGUGGCUGGGAUGAAACAUACAUCGGAGGCGGUAUCUGGGAACAACAGCCUGACGAUGCCCAGGGAGAUGGACGUACGCCAGCGAAAGAGGCCUUGUCUAACGACAGCCUCGGGAAAGUUGCCUGUCUUCUCUACCAGAGUACCGGUAACGAGGCCUAUCUGCAAAAUGCCGAGAAGAUCUACGCGUGGGUGCGCAAGAACCUCUUCGACACGCAGACUGGAAAGUUAAUCACCGGGAUUGACUGGAACGGCAAGGCGAUAACCAACACGGCUGCAUACAACCAGGGCACAUUUCUCGACUUUGCCACGCUUCUAUGGAAGAUCACGUUCAAUCCGAUGUAUCGCGACGACGCUUUGCUAGCCCUUGAGUUUGGAAAGAACAGUCUUACUAAUAACGGCAUAUUCAGCAAUAGCAACACCGGCUUGAAUACAUGGGCUGAUGAGAUGGCUCGCGGGGUGGGCAAUUUCGUGAACGCCGCUGGUCUCUGGGACAAGUACUUCGAUUGGAUGAACCAGAACGCAAACUCGAUCUUAGCCAAUCGACGAACGGACAAAGGGAUUACGUGGAACGCUUGGGACCAGAAGACCCCCAACACCGAUCUGAUAACGAAUACGUAUGCUAGUGCCGUAGCGUGGUUGCAAUAUACGCCGGCAGUAAAGCCAACUAAUGUCAGCGGAAUCAUGUACAUCACGAACAAGGCCACAGGACUACGAAUCGACAGCGGCAGUAGCCGCGAUUCUAGCUCGAAUAUCGUUCAAUGGGGAGCCAACCCUGCAAUGGCUCAGAAAUGGCUCAUCACACAAAGCCCGGACUUCUCCUGGACACUGACGAGUCUUCGCACGUGGUUAGUCAUCGACAACCCUAGAGAAUCUACACAGAAUGGAGAGAACAUGAUACAGUAUCGCUCUUCGCGGGCGAACAACCAGAGAUGGUGGAUCGACCAACAGGCCGAUGGUAGCUACAAAAUCUGGAACAAGCAGAGCCAGAAGGCGCUGGAUGGAAGCCGGAUGACGAAUAAUGGGGCCCUUGUAGCGCAGAAUGAUUGGACAGGGGCUGAUUCGCAAAGAUGGUUGAUCACAAGGGCAUGAUAGCUUAAGUGUGCAGUCUCAAUAGCAUGAUCCCUCACAUUGAUGAAGUUUUCUGGUUCAUGUAACACGUGGGCAAUGGUUUCCAUGAAUGCCCCUCGAGCUUCGGUAUAAUUCUUAAUUUUUGGUAAUAUUUUUCACAGUGCUACAUUCAAAGCCGCCUGUUUUCAGGGGCAGGAGACACCAUCCAUUGUUACACGUGCAACCUCUGUGCCGGCUGAAAUAUGCAGUUCGCCUUGCCUUCGGCCGUACGAAGGACCUAUACAGGCUGUUCAUGAC